AAUGACUAGACAAAAAUCAAAUUAUAAAUAUUCGGUGCAACACCACCAUAAUUAAAUCAGAAAUAAAAUAUAUAUCCGUCUGUACAUGAUUAUUUGAAAUAUGAUCAAUUUUAAAAAAAAAAAUACAAUUUCCGGUAGAGAGCUAUGUUUCCUAAAUUGGGGAUUUUUAAUUGUGUAAUAGAAAGUAUCUUUAUAUUUCUAUUGUGAAAGGUUGACACCGUGUCGAAAAGUCUGACUCGAGCGUGAAAACACUUGUGCGCGGUCUUUGCAUCAUUUUUGUCUGUUUUAAACACUUGUACUUUACUGGAAAAUCUAAAAGAAAAGUCAUAAUACUAAUGAUAAAGUGAUGCGGUCCCGUUAAAACACAUUUUGCCGACAGUCCGUGAAGGCAGCAUAUGAGGUAAACGGGAGCAGAGGAAGAGCGUAGCAGCGUGGACAUGUCGGACCCGGCGGCGCAGGCCUUACAACCCCGGCUUCUCCAAGCCCAGUCUGCUGGGUCAGCUGGGUCCAGUACUGCCGCGACAGGCUCCGGGUCGGGGAACAGUGACCCGGCCAGACCGGGACUUAGCCAGCAACAGCGUGCAAGCCAGAAGAAAGCCCAAGUGCGAGCUUUCCCACGGGCGAAGAAGCUUGAGAAACUUGGCGUAUUCUCCGCAUGCAAGGCUAGUGACACAUGCAAGUGCAAUGGAUGGAAAAACCCAAAUCCACCAUCAGCCACACGUAUGGACCUGCAGCAGCAAGCAGCCAGCCUGAGCGAGCCGUGCCGCAGCUGUGGACAUGCUCUGGCUGAUCAUGUGUCCCACUUGGAGAAUGUGUCUGAGGAUGAGAUUAACAGGCUGCUGGGGAUGGUGGUGGACGUGGAGAACCUUUUCAUGUCCGUGCACAAAGAAGAGGACACUGACACCAAACAGGUCUACUUCUACCUAUUCAAGCUGCUGAGGAAAUGCAUCCUGCAGAUGAGCCAGCCAGUCGUAGAGGGAUCCCUUGGAAGUCCACCCUUUGAAAAGCCCAACAUUGAGCAGGGGGUUUUGAAUUUCGUUCAGUACAAGUUCAGCCACCUUGCACCGAAGGAAAGGCAGACCAUGUUUGAGCUGUCAAAGAUGUUCCUCUUGUGCCUAAAUUACUGGAAGCUGGAGACACCAACGCAGUACCGCCAGCGCACCCAGAAAGAUGAUGGGACGGCAUAUAAGGUGGACUACACCAGGUGGCUGUGCUACUGCCAUGUCCCCCAGAGUAACGACAGCCUACCACGCUAUGAAACCACUCACGUGUUCGGCCGCAGCUUGCUCAAGUCCAUCUUCACUGUAACCCGACGCCAGCUCCUGGAGAAGUUCAGAGUGGAGAAGGACAAACUGCUACCAGAGAAACGCACACUCAUCCUCACACACUUUCCCAAGUUUUUGUCCAUGCUGGAGGAGGAAAUCUAUGGUGAAAAUUCACCCAUCUGGGAGGCUGACUUCACCAUGCCUGCCUCCGACGGCACACAGCUGGGGCAUCAGACAGUGAUCAGUCCUGCUGCAGUCUCUGGCUCCCCCGCUCUGCCCAAAGGUCUGAAUAGCAUCUCCUCUCUGGGCAGCAUGGACACUGGAGGUGCAGAGCCCAUCACAGGAGAGAAACGUAAACUUCCAGAGGCUCUGACCCUGGAGGAUGCCAAGCGGAUCCGUGUGAUGGGAGACAUUCCUAUGGAGCUGGUCAAUGAAGUCAUGAUGACAAUUACUGACCCUGCUGCAAUGCUCGGACCAGAGACUAAUUUGCUGACGCCAAACGCUGCCCGUGAUGAGACCGCCAGGCUGGAGGAGAGGCGGGGGAUCAUAGAGUUCCACGUCAUCGGGAACUCGCUUUCCCAAAAGUCCAACAAGAAGAUCCUGAUGUGGCUGGUUGGCCUGCAGAAUGUUUUCUCUCAUCAAUUACCUCGUAUGCCCAAAGAGUACAUCACACGACUGGUGUUUGACCCGAAGCACAAGACCCUAGCCCUUAUCAAAGAUGGCCGCGUCAUCGGAGGCAUCUGUUUUAGGAUGUUUCCCACUCAGGGCUUCACGGAGAUCGUCUUCUGUGCCGUCACAUCCAACGAGCAAGUCAAGGGCUACGGUACCCACCUGAUGAACCACCUGAAGGAGUACCACAUCAAACACAGCAUUCUCUAUUUCCUCACUUAUGCUGACGAGUACGCCAUUGGCUACUUCAAAAAGCAGGGUUUUUCCAAAGACAUCAAAGUGCCGAAGAGUCGAUACCUUGGAUACAUCAAAGACUACGAGGGAGCGACCCUCAUGGAGUGUGAGCUGAACCCGAGAAUCCCCUACACUGAGCUCUCUCAUAUCAUUAAAAGACAGAAGGAGAUUAUUAAGAAGCUGAUUGAGAGGAAACAGAGUCAGAUCAGGAAGGUUUACCCAGGACUCACCUGCUUCAAAGAGGGCGUACGACAGAUCCCAGUGGAGAGCAUCCCAGGCAUAAGAGAGACUGGCUGGAAACCCAGUAACAAGGACAAAGGGAAAGAGGUGAAGGAUCCUGACGUGUUAUACAACAUGUUGAAGAACCUCUUGGCCCAGAUAAAGACUCAUCCUGAUGCCUGGCCCUUCAUGGAACCUGUGAAAAAGUCAGAGGCUCCAGAUUACUAUGAGAUCAUCCGCUUUCCCAUCGACCUGAAGACGAUGACAGAGAGACUGAAGAAUAGAUACUAUGUAACCAAGAAGCUUUUCAUUGCCGACCUGCAGCGAAUCAUCGUCAACUGUCGCGAGUACAACCCUCCAGACAGCGAGUACUGCAAGAGUGCCAACACCUUGGAGAAGUUCUUCUACUUCAAAUUAAAAGAUGGAGGCCUGAUCGAGAAAUGAACUCUGAACUAAUCACUGAUUUCUCAACAGACGGGGGGUGGCUUUCACACACCAAGAUGACAAUGAAAACAUCGCUAGCUAUUGUCGUAUCUGAGUUAAUACAAGGGUAUGUACAUGACUGAAACAUUUUACAAGGGAAUUGUUGGGCUUGAAGAAACAUAAGAGAAGGUUGUUUGGAAAUAUCAGACCAUGUUGAGCAUUACAAAGUGUCAAAAUAGCAUUAACCUCUCCCCUUUAAGUUGUCAUCUUCUCUUUUCCAGCACUCAGUGGGUCAAUACUCUGCAUAUACCUGUUUCAUUAAGUGUACCAAAGUUAUAGGUCCAAGUUAUAACAAUGCCACACUUUCCACCAUUAUUUAUAGUAUGAUUGACCUUUGUCACAUUAAAUGACAUUUGUUCAUUCCAGUUUGCUUAAAACUUGUCACUUGAGCUGACGUAUAUGUAGUGUAGAGUUCUUUCACAAAAAACUGGACCUCGGGACCUAAAGCCACGUUGCCUUCCGUUACUGACAGACACUUGAACAUCCCAGCCAUCUUCAUGGGUAUAAAGAUAAACGUUUGAGGGGUGAAGUCCUCAAAACACUUGGCGCUGAAAGAUGGGUAGUUCUUUGACUCUUGAGUAGUCUUGAAACAAUUUGAUUAGUCGAUUGGUGAAAAAAGUAAUUGAAACAAUUGUUAGUUGUUAAUGAAGUGCGAAUACCGAAUACCAUUUGCUGGUAUUAGCUCCAGUGUGUAUUGAAUAUCUGAAUAUUUUUUGACUGUUGAUCAGAAAAGAUAAAACUAUUUAUCAUUUAGGCUGUAGCAACAUUAUUUAACUUUCUUUAUCAUAAACAAAUGAUCAAAAACAUCACAGAUUAAUCAAUAUUAAAAAUCCGUUUUGCAGCCCUACUCUUGAGUGGUUGGAGACACUGCUAGUGAUGGACUGGGCAUCAAAUAUUUCCAGCACUUGAGUGCUAAAAAAAAUAAUUUUCCCAAUCGUUGCCUUCAAGAAAACUGUUGUUUUCAUGUUGACAACAACAUAGCAGAUGCUUAUUUAUACAGAAAAUAUGAUACAUGCUGUUUAUACAUCAUUUUCAACUGGCAGGGUUUUAUUCCAAACCGUGUAGGAUGAGGUCACACAGUAGUGUAGCUUUUAUCAUGCUUGCAGGUGAUACUGUAGUUGUUGGCAUUGAUCUGUUCUGUUGCUAGACUUUGUAGUACAGUCACUUCUGCACACAUAUGCUAAGUAGUAUAUUUAGUGUACAGCCACAUUAUUUUGUGGUGGUCACAGGUUUACUGGAUAGUUUAUAUUGAUAAGAUGGAAACAUGGCGGGGGCAGCUAACCAGCAGUCCUCAUAGUGAUUCUGGACUUGUGAAGAGAAGAUAGCUGGUUUAUUUAUCACACCAUACACAAGCUGUAGUGGGUGUUAAUGCAUGGCGGGCAGUUUACAGUUUGAAUUCAGAAAAACCAUCAAGCUCUAAGCCACAGUUUUUGCAGGUUUUUUUUUUGUUUGUUUGUUUGUUUUACAGUGUUACAAACACUGUAAUAUUUGUUCAGCGGUCAGUGUCAAACAGAGUGCUUCCUGAGACACAUCCACUUCUUGUAUGGGAAGUAACUGUCCACUGCUGGUUUAGCCUGCUUGUUGAAUGUUCCAUUGACUUGUGUAUAUGUGCGUGUGAGCGUGUGUUUUUUUUGUACUUGAAUCAUGACUAGCUUUGAAUUACUGAAGUGAUGUCAGUGUUGCAUUAUUCAGGGUUGUCUAUUGCGUAUUUCUCCCUCAAUCUACCUAUGCUGCAUUUCAGAUUUUCUUAAAAAGGUCAGUCUGAGUGAACUUUCCACCUGUUUGAGGAUGGCUACUGUCUCUAGUUAUGGUAUAAAUGCCAUUUACUGUAACUGUAAUACUGUUCAUGACAAUAAAGUUGUUUUUUUUUUUUUUUUAAAUAAACAAAAGGUGUGAACUGGAGUCACUUGUGCUCGACAAG